GAUGGGAAAUUCUGCGUUUAAUCAAGAUUGGAGCUAAAAAAAAAUUCCCAAUAAACCCCACCUCGUAACUUCUGCACUAGACGUCUCUCUAUAAAUUGUUCCAACUUCUCUUUUCUCCUUUCCCCUGCAACAUCUCCAACUUGAACUCCGAUAGCCAAAUCAGCUCCUCAGAAAGCAAAAUGAGUAACGGAAUUCUCUCACCCGUAACCCAACUAACCGCCGGCGGCUAUUCUGCCACGGCAGCAAGAGCCUCCCACUUCCACCCUGCUUCCGAUCCACAUUCAAUCGGCUUCGCUUCCAGCAUAGCCCGUUUCGUCGACCUCCGAGCUCGCCGUCCCAGCAGAAGCUUCAGACCCAGUAACAUCCCCAUCAAAGCCGCAGCUUCCACCGCCACCGCCGGGAGUAGCCUGUACGUCAGCACGGAGAGCUUCUACGAUUUGUUGGGGAUCCCGGCGAGCGGAACGCUGCCGGAGAUCAAGCACGCGUACAGGCAACUUGCUCGGAAAUACCACCCGGACGUUUCCCCGCAGGAGAGAGCCGAGGAGUACACGAACCGAUUUCUUGAGGUGCAGGAGGCUUACGAGACGUUGUCGGAUCCCGACAGCCGAGCUCAAUAUGACAGAGCGCUGGCCUCUGGCUUCCAUACGGCUUUCUCUGCUACAAAGCAAUUCCACAAGGGAGCGGAUCCAAAAGGGGAGUGGAAACAAAGGUGGGAAACGCAGAUGGAGGAAUUGCAGAGCAUUCGCCAGGGGAAACAGAGCAAGGCCUCUUGGGGACAGAGGAUGAGGAGGCAGAGAUCAUGCGAAGUCAGCUUCAGUUAGUGACUGGAGAAACGAAUUCGGAAAUGAACGAUUUAUAGAUUAGUGUUUUUCCUGGAUUCUAGAAUAGUUCGAGUGUCUGUUUCUCGCUUUUGGUGACUUCACUGUGUAAAAAUAUGUGGUGUUCUUCCAUGGAUGAUACUCGAUCAGAGAGCAGGGGACCGUUGGGGUUUUAAGCUUUUUUUUUUGCUUUUUGUACAUAUAGAAUACUAGAAAAGACCCGCUCGCUACGCUUCGCGAGAAAAUAAACGUAGCAAGCUCUCUAAACAACUACCACCAGCAUAGUCUGCAAGAAGCAAGGUGGAAGAGGCACCCAAAGUUUGGUCAGAAAGGAUGAUAUUUACCUGGAUGCACCAUAACAAAAUGAUUAUGAGUUGGGAAAUGAACUUGUCAAGAACAUAAAUUGAAAAAAAUGAAAUGAG